UUUUCUGCAGCUUCUCGCUGUUUUAACUCGGCCCUUUCCAAUACAAGGGAUGAAAGUUGUUCUCUCAAAUGGGAGACAAGGGUGAACGUCAUGGCCAUGCCCAAGUUCUCGUCCCCCUAACUCUUCUCAAAUCCUCCAGCAAAGUUUCGCACUCUGAGUCCUCGAGUGUCCCAUCGAUGGCUUCCAAUGACAAUUCAGGGAGCUUGUCGGGGUACUCUUCUGUGUAAUGUACCGCAAGCGUUAAUUUAAGGUCAUCCACCCCAUCAACAUCCUCGUCUGGCUCGACAUCGAUCUGGAUAUCCCUAUCGGAUGUUACUUUAUAUGAGUCUCAGCAAGUCUGAUAUGAGGUGCUAGGCCUGUGGGACAAACUUGAAAGCUCGGUUGGGUAUAUGGCCUCGAGUACCUCGAAUUCCUCGACCAGGACGUCGGAAGACAUUUCGACAAAAUGUAUGAGAUCGCUUCCGU